CCGCCUGCUUGCUGAGCCACUGCAAUCAGACCAUGGGGCCCGCCACCUUCCUCUUCCUCUCCGCUCUGCUGCUGGCGUCGCCCUCCUGUGCCCAACGACGCUGGAUGAGACCCCCAGCAGAGAAUCCAAUCGACAAGAUCAGCAUCCAGGCAAACUUUGAUCCCAACCAGUUUGCAGGCAAAUGGUUCCUGGUCGGGGUGGCUUCCAGAUGCAGCUAUCUGAGUGAGAACAGCCACCAACUUGAAGCCACAAACGUAGUGGUGUCUGUGGCAGGCACAACCCCUUCGAAAUCCUUGCUGAUCGGCACUUCCCGCCCCAUGGAUGGCAUCUGUUGGAACAUUAAGCAGUUCUACCACGCCACCAAGACCCCGGGCAGGUACCUCUUGAAAGGUCGUGGGAGCCCCGUGGACGUGGUGGUAGGGGAGACGGAUUACAGUAGCUAUGCCAUCGUGUAUUACCAGAAGGCGCGGAAGAUCACGGCGAAGCUUUACGGACGGAACAUCCGUGUCAGCGACGCCAUGGUGACUAAAUUUGAGGAACGGGUGGUUGCUGUGGGCUUCAACGAGGACCUCACCUACUAUUUCCCCACCUAUGGGUUCUGUGAUGUGGCUGACCAGUUCCACAUCCUUGAUGAGACCAAGUAUGAGAGAGUCCCAUGAAGCCCAAGAGACAGUGGGCCACACAGAAGAAGCCGGUUUGUGUCUGAUCCGGCCACACCCUGGUGUGGAUAACGCUGAGCUGCACACCCACCUUUGACAGCUUCUUUGAAAGUUCUCAAGAAGACAGAAUCCUCCCCUUCCUUCCCCUCUGCAGGUCUGAUCUCCUGAUCUCAACAUCCUGAGCCACAAUUCAAGUGAUUCUAAGAAAAUCAGGUCCGAUAUUUUAACAUUUGCACAACUGUGUAUUAAAAACCAUUCUAAUGUUUUAAGAUGGCA